CCCCUAAUUCCCUCUCACUCGCGUUGCGUAGUCUUUCGUAUCUGUUGUUGACCCUACGCUCUUCGAAAUACCUGCCCAUUCAGGCUCUUCUAUCAUGUUUUAACUUGUCUCUCUUCUUAUAGGCUACAACUUCGCAUAGUCUUUAUUCUGCAACUGUAAGGGUUACGAUUCUAAAGAGACUAGAGAGGAUAUGAAGAUCAGUUUUGUUACGUUAAGUCUAACAUGUAUCAGUUCCGAAAUUAUCAUUGAGAACCUGGUCAAUCAACAAAGUCCUUGGGGUGUCAUAAUUGAUUUAGAUACAGCCCGUUUCAUUCGCAGCGUACAAGGAUAUCAACCGAACUCUCCCUCCGUUGCAUGUCAAGUCUAUCUUGAAGUGACGAACUCCUUGAAAGGGGGGCAUGGAUUUUCAACCUGAAAGUAUUUUCUGUCUCUUUAGGGGAGAACCCUUUCAUGAAGAGUCUAAGUCUAUCAAAAUCCAAUGCGGUAUUUCCAUUAUCUCAUUAUCGAAAAUCAGCAAAAUGAAUGCACACGAAAUUGCGCCGACGCUCCAGUAAGUGGGAGUAUCUCAAGAUACAAUCUUCCCCACGUACUACUCGCCAAAAACAGAUUUGGGACUUCUGAGGGCAUUUUUAGACUUGCAUGGAUACUAUGACUUCCUACCCCGUGACGAAAACUGUGUUCCUCU